AGGGAAUGAUGCCGAUUUUCACAGUGAUAUUGUCCAGACUAAUUGUGGGAGAGAAACAUACAUGGAAGGUAAGUUUUUAGCAGCAAAAUGUUCCAACACAUUCAGGUGGCCAUGGCAUUCCAGCUACCUGACCCUAAGAAUCUUGAUGAUUGGAACACUUUUCAUAAAUAGAUUUCCCCAUUCCAUCCAUGGCAGGCCAUAUUGGUGAUGUUUCAUCAAAAGCCUUUUGAAGGGAUCAACUGGCCAUGGAGUAUUUGGAUACAAGUUGUCAGUUUUCAAUAUAUUUUAUAUCAUAUUGGUUAUAAAGUUGCUGUUUCAUCAUCUUCUCAUCUAUCAGUAAACUUAAAGAUAUUGUAUCAGAUAUUGACUAAUUAAAGACAGGGGAAUAUCUGCAGUGCAGUUACCCCAUUCGGAAUUUCAUAGUUGAUGUAUAUAAACCUGUACAGUAUCUCUAAAGUCAAUGACGGCUAAAAUGCAAGGAGAACAAUAGAACAAGGUGAAUAUUAGAUUUAAUCAAGGAGAACAAUAGAACAAGUUGAAUAUUAGAUUUAAUCAAGGAGAACAAUAGAACAAGUUGAAUAUUAGAUUUAAUCAAGGAGACAAUAGAACAAGUUGAAUAUUAGAUUUAAUCAAAGGAGAACAAUAGAACAAGGUGAAUAUUAGAUUUAAUAAGAGAGAACAAUAGAACAAGGUGAAUAUUAGUUUUAAUCAAGGAGAACAAUAGAACAAGGUGAAUAUUAAAUUUAAUCAAGGAGAACAAUAGAACAAGGUGAAUAUUAGAUUUAAUCAAGGAGAACAAUAGAACAAGGUGAAUAUUAGAUUUAAUCCAGGAGAACAAUAGAACAAGGUGAAUAUUAGAUUUAAUCAAGGAGAACAAUAGAACAAGGUGAAUAUUAGAUUUAAUUAAAAGUGAUCGUUGCUUGAAUUUGCUUCAGCCCCUGCAUUUUGAUUUAUUUUUCUUUAUUCCAAUUUCCCCACACCUAGAAAAAUUACCGUGUUUUUAUAUAAUAAUUAAUUUCUUCAGGUGUAUUUUUCACUCAUUCCAAUCAUAUGCGGUGUUACAAUUGCAACAAUGACAGAAAUUUCAUUUCAUAUUGUUGGACUCAUAAGUGCUCUGAUGUCUACUAUUUGUUUUGCAUUACAAAAUAUUUAUUCAAAAAAGGUACGUCGAUAUGGUAAUAUUUUAUUUCGAAGAUAUUAACUCGUUAAGCGGCAUUGUGCCCGUUUGCGUCUUGGAAUUGGCAAGAAGGUUAUAUAGGGGCAUUGUGCUCGUUAGCAUGUGCACGGCCACGGGAGUUUUCUUGGGGAGAGCGUCUGUGAAUCGGAUUAGCAUUCCUUUUGCAGGGCACGUGGAUUAUGCCGGUGGAUCUUCCACGAAUUUAAUUGUGGAUAGACUUCUGAUUGUCCAUAACUAGUAUAAAUUGUAAAAUAUCACGUAAACAAUACCUUCACGCCUGCAUAUUUAAAUAGAUUUCCAUCGCUUUUUUAAUAAACUCCGUGUAUAAAACAAGAAAUAGUGGAGGCUAAUGUACUGAAAACAUUUAGUACAGAUUGAAAAAUAAUAUGAAUACCGCGUUCAACUGAAAACGCAUGCGCGAGUCUACGAAAAUGCCGGGGAAAAUGUCUGCCAAAAUAACAGGAGUCAAUACGGAAAACGAAAAGCGUUUACUAUAAGGAAACGCCAAAGGCAUAAUCGGCUCAGGAAUUAAUUUCAUCGCUUUUUCCUUGCAACAAGAAGACUGAAGUUAUACUGAGUUUACAUUCUCGUAAUUUACUUUAUACUAUUCCCAGUCUUUUGACUAUGUUGGACCGCGGUGUUGAUUCACAGACGUUCUCCCUAUGGCUAUGCGCCCGAGAGAAUAAUUGCUUGAGUAUUUCACAUCCGUCUAUUAUAUACCCUUCACUUUACAUGGAGUAUAUAUUAGAUUGGUAUUUCCUGUAGUUCGUUAUUACAGUAAUAAGCGCCUGGAUACUGAUGUGGUGCUGUUACCAAAACUAUGGAUGCAUCCUCCCUCCCGAAAAAGCACAUUAUGUUUUCACGUCAAAAUAUCGAGGAGUGUACCUACAGUACAUUCCUGAUGCAGUGAAACCGACAUGUUGGUUAUGGCGAUGUCUGAUUGGUCAGCAAAAGCUUCUGCUGAGACGACUGUGCUGAUAAUACUGUAGUUUGAUUUUUUUUAACACUAAUGGGCGUAGGAGUGUACUCUUUUCGUAUUCCGGAAUGUUUUGACACAAAAGGAAGGAUUCCGAAGGAAGAAGAAGCGUCCUUUUAAGCUAGAGGCAGCAUCCACGGUUUUGGUAAUAUAUACAUGCUAUACCUGUAUGCUCAUUGAAUGGCAUUGCGUUAUUUAUAAAUACGAAAGUUGUAGUAAAAUAUCUGUCCAGUCGUUCAAUUGUGUAAGUUCAAAUGACCGCGUGGCUCAGUUGGCAGAGCAUUGGACUAGUAUUCCAAAGGUCGUAGGUUCGAAUCCCACCGUGGCCAGGCAUAUUUUUCAAGCCUGCCCGGUGUGGAUAUAUACACUCAGAGUAACAUCACAAGCAUCUUAUUCACCUGAGUACAUCACACCAACACAGCAAAUAUCAUGCUACUCAAGUUACAACGUCCAGUACUGGGUCUGGGGAAUAUACUGUAAUACUGAUGAGUAUUUAUCAAAUAUCUAAAAACCGCUCAGCGGAAGGUCGCGAUAGUCUAAAAUCUGUCAGCGAAAGUCUACAGUAUAUAAGUCUAUUCGGUUUCAAAUGAUUUCAAAUGGUUCUAUUCUUUUCAGGUUUUAGAAAGUUUAGAAAUGAAUCAUCUCAGACUAUUACUAGAAAUUUCAAAAGUUUCCGUUAUAUCUCUUAUUCCAUUUUGGAUUUAUUAUGAUUACGUCGAUGUCAUGAAAAUGACAAAUCUAGUAAGUAUGCUUUAUAUAUAUACAUUACUUGUUAAUUUCGAUAUAUACGUGCAGUACUCAUGCAAAAGGAGUGGAGGAGUUAUAUAGACAAAUUGAACUACAGUAAUAACAUUUCAAUGCUCAUGUUCAUGUAUAUAUCGAGGUUUUUGCAUUCCUCCAAUUCCUACUACAUUUUGCUUAGCUAGUGUUUGUGUUUACUUUCAGAAUGAUGAAAAGAAUACCGAUGCAUUUUGGGUUGUGGGAUCCCUGCUGGUCAGUGGUAUUCUGAACUUCGCCCAAAGCAUGGUUUCAUUUACCGUUCUUAGUCUUGUCUCUCCAUUAAGUUAUUCAGUUUGUACAGCUGCAAAGAGAAUUUUAGUUAUUACGGUUUCAUUAUUGGUUCUCAAGAAUCCAGUAACUAUUGUAAAUAUUUAUGGAAUGAUGGUAGCCAUUCUUGGUGUAUUAUUUUAUAAUAAGGUAAGUGGAUUGGGACGUCCUCUAGCAUGGUUAUAAAUAAACACCAAAAAUUUUGAGAUGGACGUGGUAUUUCUGCAAAAGCAGCUCAGUCAAUGCAGUGCAUAUAAACCUAACCGAUCAAACUAGAGAACUUGUUUUGUUCCACAUAAUUUUAUUUUCCAGUGAUAUAUGUAUUACUUAUUAAGUACUGUACCUUAUCAAAUAUAUUCCGUAGGGCGCCUCUUUUCAUAGGGCGCCAAAAGCUGUAUGCUGGGUGUACUAGCUGUAAUUAUCCAUACAGUACCGCUGACCAUUAUGAACUUUCAAAUUACCCUGUGCAGGCAAUUCGGUGGCAAACGGCUGAACUACGCAAUGUGUUACCCAUGAAGGUGGUAACAGGGAUCGUGGGGGGAUAAUUGAUAAUUCCGCAGUCUCGCUACGGACUCAUGUGAAAAGAGUCAGUCAACGCUCUGCCGAAAGUCGUGGGUUUUCUCCGGCUGCUCCGGUUUCCUCCAACAGGGAAAGUUGACAGGGUAGGUUAGGAUAAACACAGUUGAGAAAAUAAUACAACAACUGUUGUAAAGAUAAAAUAAUCUAGGCUAAGUAUAUAAUUAGGUAAGCUUAUGAUACUUGAUGUAAAGCACAAUUGAUCAUAUCCAUGCACAUAUAAAUAUGCGCUAUAGAAAUGCUAAUCGUAAUCAUGUGCAGAGGAUGCUUCUAUAAUAGAGUUUCCACAAACUCUUUAAGUAAUCCUUUCCUAGUUGAAAGGGUGGAUCCUUGCUCUUUAUGCUGCUCUUUUACCAUCACAACAGCUACAGUAUAUGUUAAGUAUAGGUUAUUUUGAGGCAACGAGGGGAUAUGUGAUUUAUUCAAGAAUAAACACAUAUCCCCGAGGUGCCUCAAAAUGACGUACUUAUUUUUCACAUUGCACGAGGUCGCGUUAAUGAGUCGGAAUAGAAAUAAUUCUUAAUGCCAUAUUGCCUUCGUGAUGUUGUUUUUUUCUCAUUUUUUGUGCUGCAAAGACACUACAGGUUGAGGGGAAUAUUGAAUAUAUUCCCCGAUAAGAACAAAGGAAACCGAGCAAUGUGAAAAAUAAUCUCCAAUAAACCUAUUCUUUUGUAUUUUAAUUUUAACAGAAUUUAAAUAUGAGUUCUUGUUUCUAGGCGAAACUUGAUGCCCGAAGAUCAAAACAACUACCAUUGCCAGUGACAACAAACAAACGUUCUAAGUUAUAUUUAAAUGGAAAUAUACACGAAUAUUAAAAUGUAUAGUGUGGUAAAUAUAGUAUCUCAGACUCAUGAAUAAAUUAUCGUAGAGUUGUAUUAAAACUUUUAGAUAAAGACAUAAAUGAGAGCAUAGAGUAAAGAAUUGUGUAUAAAUUACUCAUCAACCAAGGUUAGAAGAAAACCAUUUUUAUUUAAUUAUUCCACUUCUAUAUUUUGUAUGGACGUUGGCUGCUCGCAAAUUGAAAUAAAGAUGGCGGUUAAUGAAGAAACACUGAAAUGCUUUCUGUCCCCAUGGAAACAACCAUAAUUAUUCCCUGGGGAGACAAAAAUAGUAAGUCAAUAUAUCUAUAUGAAUCGGGGCAAGCAAGUUUUCUUCGCCUUUCUUUCUAUUUAAAAUGUUGUUGCAUUGUUAUAUAAUGGCGUGCACCCGCUGCACCGAGCAUAACGUAGUGCCUGACUUAAUUCGUACUUGCAUGGGGGCAGUACACAUGAAUUUUUGAAAUUUAUCUGUGAACAAAUUAUAUUUUCAUUAUGUCCAUAACUCAAUUAUUUACGAA